AUGCCAGUUCUCAGUCUGUUGGCUUGUCUUCAGCAAUGCCCAGAGAUCGUACAGCACCUUUCCAUUGACUCACUUCUCCUUCUGUUUCGUCUACUACAGUGCCUCAAAGAGCGGCUGUCAUGGUUCUCGCCAUGCACGGAUAGCGAGCCCCCAUUGAAUUUGCCCUCCGAUGUCAAGAAAUUCCUGGCUAGCGCUCUGCAUAUGUCAUGCGAGUUACCAGAUGGUGCACUCAUCGACCGGUGCUGGAGCGCGCUUCGUAAAUCUGUUUGGGCGAGUACUAGCAGUACUUUUGCUGAGCAGUGUCGCUCUAAGGAGCUUCUCGAUGUCUUCGCGAAGCAUGGGAUCCCUCAAGGAAUAGGCUUCCAUGAUCUAUACCCACGCACCCGGGUCUGUCUUGACUCGAACUGCAAAAUUGUUCCGAGCCAUCAACCCAGUGAAGGAACAAGUCCUGACGAAUCGCGCAAACUGACUCGGCUUGUUCCAUUGCGCUGUGUCAAUUUCACUCGAGAGUUUGGACCUAUCCCAGUUGUCGCAUACUCUGCCCAAUGCCGGUCUUGUUUUACUCGGUACUACCCGGACUACUAUGUCCACGAGCGCCGUGGCCUUCGAUCUUACUACCCUGGAGUCCCACCAUCAAUCGAGGUCGCAAAACACACAUAUAUCGAGGCUACACUUUGCGAGCAGUUUUCGGCUUCUAUGGUCUUUGCUUGGGUCUCGGGACAGAACAAUGCGAAGAUUUACCAGGAACAACACUGGGAAGCUGAAGCUGAAUUCCCUCUCGUAUGGCCCAUUGUGCCGAGACUCGACGGACCGAUGGUAUCCGAUGCAUUCUUCCUUUUUGCACUCCUACGCGACCAUGAUGAGCACGAAACUCUUCUUGUCCUUCAAAACGAUACCAACCAAUCGAUACGACUCAGCAGUGCUUUGUUGCAGCGGAAUACGGCAAUGGUUGGCCCUGGUCAAGAGCAAUGGAAUCACAUCUGUGAUCGCUGCUGUGCUCAAAAGGUGGAUGGUGAUACGAUGCGAGCAGUUGUCACAGAUGGUGUCACAGUUGGUCGGCCAUGUUGUGGGGUUCACGACUGCAAGGGACGACUCCUCUCCCAGCGAGCCCGCUUCUGUGACACCCACAUCAAUUACGAACGUCAAUGUAGCAUCCUUGGGUGCGAGAACGAUGCAGAGUCGGGCUUCAAGACAUGCACUACCGAGUCCCAUCGUGCAAUCGAAACCGCCCACACUGCGAAGCGAUCUGCGCUCUCUGACGGCGAUCCUAUGCUCGAUGAUGAACUCGAUAUGGAUGAAGAGGGCGGUACCGGCGCCAGCACACAGAGCAGCCCAAAGGUCCGCGCUCGCUUUGGCCGGCGGUGGACUCACAACGAGCAGCUUUGUGUUGCAACUUGUGGGGUGGUCCUUGGCCGGAUGACAAUGUAUGGCUCAGAAGCAGUAAGCGGGGUCAAAGUAUUUCUGCGCCGCUUAUUCCCAACCCAGCACUCACUUCCCCGUGUCAUCUUCUACGAUAGCGCCUGCCAGCUCAAGAAGCAUCUACUGGCCAGCGGUGACACAUACUUUGACAAUUCAGCACUGCCUGUAGAUGUCUUCCACAUGAAGAGCAAGCACAAGGAGUCUGACGAGUUUUGUGGGUUUCACUGCAAUCCUGCACGGUGGCCUGAAUUGCAUGACGGAGGGGUAUGGCGAUUCAAUUCCUCAGCAGCAGAGAUGACCAAUGCUUGGUUUGGUGGGUUUAUUUCAAUAGUGCGCGAGAUGCGCGAGGAUCGCUAUGAUUUCUUCCUUGAUGAAGUCAUCAAACAGCGAAACUGCCGCACCAUUCACGAGCUUGCCCUUCAUGGCGCGCAUCCCCGCAAGCUAGAGCGGUCUUGGCUGUUAGCAGAGCAGUAG